AUAAUAUAUUUCUUAUCCGGCUAAAUAACUUUUCUGCUUUAGCUUAUUUGCAUUUAAUUUGCCUAUUUCGAAGAAACAAAAUCAGCUGAUGUAAUAUUAAUGACAGCGAAUGUCAGAAAAACUUAGUACAACUACUUUACUAGUGCUAUUUUUGGUAGUACAAAUGUUUUACUAAAUAGUAAAACAAAUAUUAUAUUUGGAUUUGUCAGUGUUACUCCUGAAAGGAAGAUCUUUGCGUUUGAAAUAAUUAUAUGUAUACGUAUAUAUACCAAACAAAAAUUUAUAUACUUUAGCAAAUACCCAGAUGGCUAUUUCAUGAUGUUUAUGUUGAUUGUUUGAUGUCUUUUAUAGUAGUUCACAUACUAUUGUAGCAGAUUAUACAGAUAUUACAUAACUUACUUUUUAUAAAUAAAAUUUAAGAAUGUAUUUUCCAACUUCUAUGUAAAUGUAGUAUAAGGAAAACAUCUGCAAAUCUGACUGUAAUUUUUGUGGAACAUAAUUUAUUUGAGGUUAUAUAAAUUUUUGAUAUUAGAGCUGGUCAGGUAUUGCUGUCAAUUGCUGUUCUAAUAUAGUUAUUUUAGAAAUAAUUGUUUUAAAUUAAAUUGUAAAUCAUGUCUGAUUUUGAUUCACUAUCGUCGGUUUCAAGCGAUAAGGAACUACAGGAAUUUUUGAUGAUUGAAAAACAAAAGGCUCAAGUGAAUGCACAGAUACAUGAGUUCAAUGAUAUCUGUUGGGAGAAGUGCAUUGGCAAACCAGGUUCGAAACUCGACAGUUCGACAGAAACAUGUUUAAGCAAUUGCGUUGAUCGUUUCAUUGAUACAUCAUUGCUAGUCACGCAGCGCUUUGCACAACUAUUACAAAAGCGUUCGGGUGCAUUAUAAAUCGCGGUGCAAUCGCUUCUAACUUUGUCGGAAAGUUAGAUUUACCAAAAACCAAAUUACUACUCUGUACCGUGCGUAUAUAAUAAUCUAACACACUCCGAAAGAUUUGUUACUUUAAAUCAAAAAGUAACAACUAUAACAAACUUAAACUGACGGCUAGCUAAAAGUUGUAUUGUUAAUCUAACCAUUAUGAAAUGCAAUCAUAGCCAAAAAAGACAGGCUUUUAGCUAAUUGAAAUAGACGAUUUUUAUUUGAAAUAUGUUUUGUUAUCUUUUAAUUUUAAAAUAAACAUUACACUGUAAUUCUAAGCCUGAUUAUCAAGAUGUCAA